AUGGCGUCCAUCGGCAGCCUUUCUGAUAUACAGAACGAGAUCUUGGGAAAUGACAUUGCAAAACGAAUUGUCAUUAAAGUGAGGACCCAAAGGCUGGAUUCUCAAAACUAUCGCGCCUCGGCCAACGAAGUUAUCGGCGAGGUUUUUCCUGGCUGGGAAAAUGACCCGCGGAUUCGGUUUCUCGCCAUUGAUGUAUGGGACGAACGUACCUUCAUUGUCGUCGACAUUAACCAUCUCGAUUAUGACUUCAAUACGGCUCACAAAAUCAAAAAUGUCUUCCCAGUCUAUGUGCUCCGCCACGUGAAAAAGCGUGGUUGGGCUCUGGUUAGAUGGCCUCGAGAGGAUGAGCCCCUUGGUGCCAAAGUCAUGGAUCUUCACAACGCUAAUGGUUGGGACGUCGAAACGCCUUUUCUAGAAGACCACAACACGCGUAUUGUGUACGCCAAUCCCCGCAAUCUUUAUGAAUGA